CAUUUUGAGCAAGAACGGAUUCUUCCAAGUCAAUUUUUGCAGUAAAUCCAUUAAAUAUUAAUUAAGGAAGGAAAAUUCGAUUCCUACGGUUCCCAGGGCUUACAUUUUUUUCAAGGCUGGAAAACUCUUUGUAAUCUUUUGUAUAAUGUUUCGUAGAAGAGCAAUUGGCCCAGCAAGUCAAAUUGCUAGUCUUUUGAAAGCCAAUGUUCGCUCAACAGCUUCUCCUUUUCGAACCUGUUUUGACGGUCGUAGGAUGAUUGCUGGAAAGCGUACGGCAACCCAACAUGCCUGGAGAAGCAUGCUUUCUGUACGGGCCGCUGCAGUAGCAGCUGUCACCAGCGUAGGCUUGUAUUUUUACCUCCAAAGUGAAAAACAGAAAGCUCUGGAGAGUAAGAAAGAAAAAGCAUUGUCUACCGUUGGUAGGCCAAAACUCGGUGGCCCCUUUUCAUUACUAAAUCACCGUGGCGAAAGAGUAACUGAUGAAGACUUCAAAGGAAAGUUCUCUAUAAUCUAUUUUGGCUUCACUCGAUGUCCCGACAUUUGUCCUGAUGAAUUGGACAAACUAAGCGCUGCCAUUGAAAUCGUCAACAACGUUGUUGGAGACUUUUUGAAUCCCUUGUUUAUCACUUGUGAUCCUGCUAGAGAUCCUCCAUCAGAAAUUGCUCAAUACUUAGAAGACUUCCACCCCAAAAUUGUUGGCUUAACGGGAACCCAUGACGAAAUCAAAGAUAUCUGCAAAAAAUUCCGGGUCUAUUUCUCAACACCGAAAGACGUUGACCCACAGAAAGAUGACUAUCUUGUGGACCAUUCUGUCUUUUUCUACUUGAUGGACCCGAAUGGACAAUUCGUGGAAGUGUUCGGUCGUAAUUCCACCGCAGAGGACAUGGCUCGUGCUAUCGGAUCUUAUGCACUAUCCUGGAAAUCAAAUGCUAAACUUUAAAAGACUCCUGUGAUUACUUCCAUCAUGCGAAGCAUUUAUCCACGACUUACUACGGCUUUCUUGCGACUGAGUCAAGAAACAAAUCUUACUUGCCAAUAAAUCCCUGGAAAAUGGUCUUGAUGUCUUUCAAACUAUCUCUAUUUGCCAGGCCACUUACUACUUUCAUACUUUACCGGAUAGUAAACGACUACAAAGAAAAAGCUCAAUUUAAGUUUGACAAAAAUGAUAUAUUAAAAUGCUUUCAUACAAUAUCUUUACCAUAAAUCUUUCAAUGAAUACUUCAAGAAUUCUGUUCCUCUCAGUUUCUUCCCAUCCCAAUAUUUACUGUUACUUCGUCACCUCAGAAGGAUAGAAUAGCUACGCAUGGCUCUUGCAUGGUAUAAGUAUGUAAAAUAUAGUGCUAUAAUUUUUC